AUGUAGGAUAUUCAUUAAAGNUUAUUAAUUUAAUAAAUAUUACUCUAAUGCUUUGAAAUCGAAAAAUUGAAAAUCCUAGAAAGUCAAUAAUAAGAAAAAUUAUCUCAAUCCGAAAAAAAAAUAUUACUAUUGGAGGAAUAAUUUGAAAAAUUCAAAGAAAAUAGUAUUUUAAAUAGUUAGAAAUAAGAAACAAAAAUAACAGAGUUGCAAUAAUAAAUAGAUGAAGAUAUUAAAUAAAUUGAUAGUUUAAAAAAUGAUCUUAAAUAUUAGCUGUCUUUAGAGGAAGAAUUAAAUAAGAAAAAUCAUUUCUAAUAGGAUUAGAUAUCUCAUCUAUAAGGUGUAGAGUAAUAGUUGAAAUAUCUGAAUGAGUAAACUAAUUUAUAAGCUAAAAAUUUAUAAAAAGAAUUAGAAAACAAGAUAGAAUCAGAAAGUUCGUUACGAUUCAAGCUUGAGAAAUUAUUAGAAGAAUUAAAAAUAAAAUAAAUGCAAUUAGGAGAGCUAGAUUCUUAAAUGAGAUAAAUUGAACAAAAUAAUAAUAUUGAGCUUUCUAAUUUGGAAGAAAGAAAUAGUUACUUAUAAAAUGAGGUCGAAACUUGGAGACAAAAGUUCUCCAUUUUAAAUAAAGAUUAUCAUCGAGUUCAAGAAGACUUAAUGAUGCUUCAAGCUGAGUUUGAUGCACACAAGAAAAGAGGAUAAGAUCUCAAAAAUGUUAAAGUAUUAAAUAAUUAUAAUUAUUAAAGGAAUCCACCUAUUUUGAAGUUAGAAAAUCCUCGUUGUAUAAAGAGAACAUAGAUAUAAAAGGAAGUUAAACUUCAAUAGGAAGAAUUUUCAAAGAAAAUAUCUGA